CAGCAUCUCACCUCUACAAACAUGGAACAACUCACUGUUAUUUUGUUCUUCUCAGUUCUCAUAGGUGUCAGCUGUGAAGAUCUCACUCCAGUUAAGACUGAAGAGCACAGUUUGGAAGACAGCACCGUCACUCUGUCCUACAGUUACUCCAAACAAGCUGAUGGCAAUGAUUAUUUCUUCUGGUAUCGACAAUAUCCAGGAAAACAACCAGAGUUCAUCAUGUUCAUCUCAGGGUUGAACUUCACAAAAACAGCAGAAUCUCUGAAAUCAGAGAAAAGGUUUUGGACACGACUCUCUGAAGAAAAGGAUCGUGUUGAUCUACAGAUCUCCUCUGCUGCACUGACUGACUCUGCUGUGUACUACUGUGCUCUGAGGC